GGACGCCUUGAAUCAACCAAUCCCUCUCGUCUUUCUUUCAAACCGCCCAAUGGCUAUCGUACGUGGGGCAGACCCCGGCAGCAGGCUAGAGUGUGUUUGUGUUAUGUGUGCCAUGGACUCAGCCCAGUAAUAUUGACAAUAGGGUGAAGGGAAAUUGCCCCAAAUCACAUAGAGUGAAAAGAAAAAUAUACAGAAAAAUACAGAGGUGGCCUGCAAGCAGUAAAUUCUGUCAUUCAUCAGGGAAUGUAAUUAGUUUAGAUUCGUUUUUAUAUAUUUCGUUAUUAAUGGGACUCGGAGGAUUAUUUCGUUAGAAGGUAAAAAAGAGGUGCUUCUGGGUUUGGCUUUCUGGAAAAGGCCAAGAUUGCUUUCCUGCUGCUGCUGCUGUUGGGAGAGGCUUAUUGUACAGGACUAAAAACAUCCAAGUGUUGAUAGAGUUAACCGGGAUCAUUACUUCUUAUUAUCUCUGUUCCUAGACACAAGAGGAUCAAGUAGGGAUAUGUCCUCGGCAGCCACCACUCCUCCAUCAGUGGACAAAGUAGAUGGAUUUUCUCGGAAGUCCGUCAGAAAGGCCAAGCAGAAGAGGUCGCAGAGCUCUUCACAGUUCAGAUCCCAGGGCAAAGCUAUAGAGUUAACACCUCUGCCUCUGCUUAAAGAUGUUCCAGCCGCAGAGCAGCCGGAGCUGUUCCUGAAGAAACUCCAGCAGUGCAGCUUCAUCUUUGACUUCAUGGAUACUUUAUCAGAUCUCAAGAUGAAAGAGUACAAACGCUCCACCCUUAACGAGCUUGUGGACUACGUCACCAUCAGCAGGGGUUACUUGACAGAACAGGCGUACCCCGAAGUAGUAAGAACGGUUUCUUACAAUAUAUUCAGGACCCUCCCUCCCAGCGACAGUAAUGAAUUUGAUCCAGAAGAGGACGAGCCGACUCUUGAAGCCUCUUGGCCACAUUUACAGCUUGUAUAUGAAUUUUUCAUAAGAUUUUUGGAGAGUCAAGAAUUCCAGCCCAGCAUUGCCAAAAAAUAUAUAGACCAGAAGUUUGUACUACAGCUUUUGGAGCUGUUCGACAGCGAGGACCCACGGGAACGAGACUACCUGAAGACAGUCUUGCACAGAAUUUACGGAAAGUUUCUUGGUCUUAGGGCUUUUAUACGAAAACAGAUAAAUAAUAUUUUUCUACGUUUUGUUUAUGAAACCGAGCACUUCAACGGGGUAGCAGAACUUCUGGAGAUACUGGGAAGCAUAAUCAACGGCUUUGCUUUGCCUCUGAAGGCUGAGCACAAACAGUUCCUGGUGAAAGUCCUGAUCCCCCUGCACACUGUUAGGAGUUUAUCACUCUUUCAUGCACAGUUGGCAUAUUGCAUUGUACAGUUUCUAGAGAAAGACCCAACAUUAACGGAACCAGUUAUCAGAGGCUUACUAAAAUUCUGGCCGAAAACCUGCAGUCAAAAAGAGGUCAUGUAUCUUGGAGAGCUAGAAGAGAUCUUGGAUGUGAUCGAACCAUCCCAAUUUGUAAAAAUUCAAGAACCACUGUUCAAACAGAUCUCCAGAUGUGUGUCCAGCCCGCAUUUCCAGGUUGCUGAAAGGGCACUGUAUUACUGGAACAAUGAGUAUAUCAUGAGUUUGAUAGAGGAGAACUCGAACGUCAUCCUGCCCAUAAUGUUCGCUAGCCUUUAUAGGAUCUCCAAAGAGCACUGGAAUCCGGCAAUAGUUGCAUUAGUCUACAAUGUACUCAAGUCAUUUAUGGAAAUGAACAGUACCCUGUUUGAUGAUCUGACAGCCACCUACAAGUCUGAUCGUCAGCGAGAGAAGAAAAAGGAGAAAGAACGAGAAGAACUGUGGAAAAAGCUCGAGGAUCUAGAGUUGAAGAGAGGUCUGAGAAGCGACGGGAUAAUCCCCACUUAACGAAGAAACUGCUGCGCUGUUAGCCUGUGGAUACACAUUUAUGUAGUAUGAGAUGGAGCAACAGUUUUCUGUAUUGUGCAACUUACUUUACGGUAGAUUCUCACGUCUGUUUCAUUAUUUCAACAGCACUGUAAAUAACUUUCCUUCCCUUAAAUAUUACGCUGAAAAAAAGGACUUUGGUCCAAAGUUUGGACAGUAGAGGAACUUUAAAAAGAAAAAUAAACUCUUCUGUAAAUUUAGAAAUUGUUUUAACCCUGUUCUUCAAGCAUUUUUUUCUUGUCCUUGUAUGGGUGCUGCAUUAAAUGUUUGGAGAAGACUGCAGCCUCUGUGAUCCAGUGUAUAAAGAAUUCAGUGUUUAUCCUUGGCAGAUUAGAAGAGGAUACCCCUGUCUGGAGGAUUAUGUUCAAACCUUUAUCCCCUCCGAAAACUGCUGCAGAUCAUUUAUUUCUUACAAGUUUUUGAAAGGUUCUAUUAAUUGUGGAAUUUUAAGGUUUGUGUGUAGAUGAUUUAACAAAAAAGGAAAAAAGUCUUUGCACGCAAUUUCUUUUCUUUUUAAACAAGUCAAGCUGUCUAUGUGCAUCAGCUCCAAAGCAAUUGGAUUAGUUCUGUCAAGGUUUGGUUCACUAUUUUAAGCAGUCCCUGCUGGUAUCAGUCUGGCACUGUUACCUUGAAUCGAUAACCUAUUUAAAAAAAACGAUAUAUAUAUAUAUAUUAAGCCUAUAACCAUAGAGGUUCCCAGGUCAAUGACGUACAGUAAGUAACUUGUACUACUCCUGUUAUUGUGAAAAGGAACACUACUUGUGUAAGUACUUCACAGUAUUACAAAUCUGUAUAACAUUGUUAUUAAAUACAGUACAUUCA